CGGCGCCGGUGACGGCGUCAGGCUGAGCCGAGCGGGGCCGGGGCCGAGCGGGGCCGGAGCCGAGCGGGGCCGCGGCCGGAGGUUUGCUGCUGCUGUGGAGAUGGGGGAGUACGGAGUGACACCGGGCCAGCACGUGGCCAUCAUCUGGGACAGCUCCUCACCAGUGGAAGCCCUGAAGGAUUUGGUGGAUAAAAUUCAGGCACUGGUGGGAACUGAGAAUCGUGUCUCUGUGGAAAACAUUAACCAGCUGUCUCAGUCGGCUCACAGGGAGUCCAGUUUCGAUGUGGUUCUCUCGGGCGUGGUGCCGGGCAGCGCAGCGCAGCACAGCGCCGAGGUGCUGGCCGAAGUAGCUCGGAUACUUAAGCCGGGGGGACGCCUGCUCAUGAAGGAACCUGUGGUAACAGGAUCAGGAAACAACAGCAGAAUCAAGACAGCAGCCAAACUCCCCACAGCUCUGACCCUCUCUGGAUUGGUGGAGGUGAAGGAGCUGCAAAAGGAAGAGCUGACCCCAGAGGAAGCCCAGUCAGUUCAACAGCAUUUGGGCUACCAAGGCAAUGACCUUCUCCUUGUUCAGAUAGAAGGCAGGAAGCCCCAUUUUGAAGUGGGAUCCUCAAGUCAGCUCAAACUUUCCUUUGCCAAGAAACCUGGUCCUUCAGCUCCAGGAAAACCCUCUGUGGAUGCAGCCACCGCCAAGCUGUGGACACUCUCUGCCAAUGAUAUGAAUGAUGAAGAGAUGGAUCUUCUGGACUCUGAUGAGCUGUUGGAUUCGGAGGAUUUGAAGAAGCCAGAUCCAUCUUCCCUCAGAGCUCCAUCCUGCAAAGAAAUGGGCAAAAAGAAAGCCUGCAAAAACUGCACAUGUGGCCUGGCUGAAGAGCUGGAACAGGAAAAGAAGAGCUCACAGCCCAAAUCUGCUUGUGGAAAUUGCUACCUGGGGGACGCGUUCCGCUGUGCCAGCUGCCCUUACCUGGGCAUGCCUGCCUUCAAGCCUGGGGAGAAGAUUCUCCUCAAAGAGAACCAGUUGCACGAUGCCUAACAAAGAUGUCUUGAUGUCCCACAAAGGACUCCUGCUUUUCCAUCAGUCUGAGGUUCUUGCAGUCCUCCUCAUCCUCUCAAGCUCAUGUUCUCCAGCCAAUGCUCCUUGUCGGGAGGGACACUGUGGGCACUGACACUGCCGUGAGCUCAUCAUGUGUAACCAGCCUUGGGCUACCCGAUAAUCUGUGGUGACAAGUAGUCCUGUAUUUUAGCUGGCUUGCCUUGACCUUGGGACCCUGGCUGUCACAGCGUGUCCCACCAGCAGAGGGGAGCAGAAUCAAGUGUCAGGCUGGCCUCGGGUGCUCCUGCUCUCUUUGAAACUCGACCCUGCAGUUCCUCACCCAGUGAGGGUGGCUCUGCAGCACCGAGCCAAGCCAGGAGCAGAGUACUCUUACCAGUACCUGCCUGUAGCAGCCUGCCUGAAGUCCUUGAUAGUCUGGCAGGCAUGAUGAAUUCCCAAGUGCUUUAGGAGCCUGCCGUUGAUGUCCCCUGCCCCACCUAUUUCCAUCAACAUGACAAAAACAGUCCCACUGAGAAAACUGCCCUUAAGGCAGGGAGCAGAUUAAAGGAGAUCUGUCCUGUGCUCCCACACCUUUCUGUCCCACAUGAGCUGGUAACACAAGAGCAAGCUGAGGCUGUCACCUCCCCUGGUGGUUACCAAGUGAGUUAUCUGCAGUGUCCCAGAAGUAAGAACAGAGCAAUAAUUUAAUUUCUAGAGAAUCUGUGGUCACCAUUUGCACCUGCUCCGUGAGAUACUGAUGACUAUUUAUUUGCUUAAUUACUGGUAGUGAAGCAUCUGUGGGAUAUGGGAGUGUGGGCCAGGCUUGCUUCUCAGCCAUCGAGGAAGAGGAGCAAAACCAGAGCCUCUGGCCCAGUGGGAAUCAUUUUGUUAGGAGCUCUUGCUCUGCAGGAUGCAACUGCUUCUUGUGCUGCCUGAGUUGUGCACUGAUCUCACAGAAGGAGCUGGGGUGAAAGGCUCUUCUUGAAAUAAAAGUGACCAAUAGUAGAA